CUCUCUUUAUCUUCAUCUUGUUCCUCUUGAGUAGAAAGCUCUUUGAGUCGAACCUCGUUUUUGCAGUCUGAAGAACUUUAUUUGUUUGCUACGAAAAAUAAUCAUCAAAUGAAGGAACUAAAUGUAGCAAGCUCUGUGAUUCUGGUCUCUGAAUGCUUCAUUACUAGAGAGUAUAGAUUUGGUUCAGCAGAUAUACAAGACGGGGAUGUAGCUCAGAUGGUAGAGCGCUCGCUUAGCAUGCGAGAGGUACGGGGAUCGAUACCCCGCAUCUCCAAUUUUAUUUUGGGAUUACGAUUAAUCGAUCGAUCACGAUUGCUAGGGUUUGUUCUUCAACCUAUCUUCCUUCCUUUUAUGCCUUCACCUUAUUCAUAGUCUACCUGGCUUUCGUUAUUUCGGUCGGUACAGGUAUUUUGACACUGAAUAUGAAAAUAUCAACAUCUUUCACUUUACAAUAGCUGAUCAGCAUGCAUCUUUUUCACAAGGAUUUUUAGUAUAUCAAAAUUUUGCUUCUGGAGUAACUCUUCUGUCAAACAUUGAUAUGUGACUCUUUUUGUUAACACCAUUUGGUCUAGCAUUUAGAAGGAUUUGGUUAUAAUCUUCAGUGUCAUACCUUGGAAGUGCAUUUUCCCCAGCUACUUCAUUCAGCACUUUCUGCUCCUGAUUCUACUACUUUUUUUUUGCUGGGUGGUCUUAUCAUAUAUUGGUCUAGAAUUUUGGAAAUUCAUGUGUCUUGGCUUGUGAAAUAUUACAAUGAUUGAUUCACUGUUAGAUAAAAGUUCUAGUUACUUAGCAGCAACACAUUCAAUAGUAACACUGCUUCUGCCACUCCAAGGUAAUUGUAUUUUAACCCUUCCUCAAUACUCACAAACUUUGUUUCUUUUGUUUUCUAUUUCUAUUUCAAUCAACGAGCAUGUUUAAAUUUACGUCUUUUUGUGAAAAUUAGUGCCUGCCUUUUAUGUCAAUGUUGUUCCAAUAUUAUUGUGAGAGAAUUUAUGAAUUUAGAAGAGUUUGAUUAGUUUGGUUAAUUUGGAGUGUGAAUGAAAGAGUUUGACAUUUUGUUGGACAUGAAAUGUGAAUGUUAUUAGUUUUCGUGGAAGAUCCAUGAACCAGUGAUGGAUGCAGAAGUAGUAAUAAUACUCAAUGGCGGUACCAAAUAGAAAAAAAUUAAUGUGAAAUAUGUUACUAGUUCUUACGAAAUCAUGAACCUUUUAAGUUUAACCUGUGUAAAUCACGAACCUUUCAAGUUUAGUGUUUAUAUAAAUUUUAUCAGUCUUGGGUCUUCACUUUCUAUAAAUUCAUGCUACUUUAAGUCUCUCUACAGAAACUAAAAGGACUAUUUUUUUUUUGUUUGUUUAUAAAUUGUGGAAAGUAAAUGUAUAUGAUUUUAUCCGGUUGAGAGGGAAGAACGCUUUGCGUGUCCAACAGGUUCUCCGACUGAGAUUAGUCACUGCCAAACGGCAGUGGAUACUCUGUACAUGUAUCUUGGUUAUAAAAAAAAGUGGAUAAUUGACUACCUAAAAAUAGAUGUUUAUAGAGACAAAAUGUAUGUCUCCCUAAAGUUUAGUUUAUGGUUUAUGUUGGGAGGCUAAUACAUAUAAUAAUGAGAUUGAAAUCCCUAGUAGGGGAGAAAUGCUCCCAAUGUGAUGAACCUGGAUGUGUCCCUGCAUGAACUAUGAAGGUUUAUAUAUACAUAAACAAGACCAUGGAAUCUUCUUUAUAACCAACUCCUGUCUAGUUCUUAAUCUCUUCUCUGUUUCUAACCCCGUGUACUGCUAUGUAUUGGAAUUUCAUGUUUAUUCUAGUGAUUCAGUACCAUGGAUAAGUUUGUGUCAUUGAUUGCUUUGACUUGUGUUUACUCAUCGCUUAUCAGUAGCUUCCAUUAUAGAGUCAAGCUGAGAGUUUUAUGAUUGAUAUUUUGUGGGCAGUUCUGGCAAUGACAGAGGAAGGGCUUUUGAUACAAGAAAUGAUAGAGAAAGAACAAAAGGGCGUGGUGGCGGCGGUGCGAGUGGCUCGGGAAAGGAUAAAAUUGAUGCUCUUGGUAGGCACCUGCUGUUCGAAAAGAUAAUAAGCAACGUUUCAGCCUCAUAGAAGAGAACAUGGAGCUACUAACACGUGAAACCAAGGUCACACAGCAACGAGAAAGAAAUUGAGCACAAGUCUUCAUCAUAGACAUACCUAAAUUUUAAGAUACACAAAUUCAAACGAUGGCGGGUGGAGUUUUAGUUGCUUCAAAAAAUGGAAGGCAAUAUGAGGGAAAGGUUACAAUGUUUGUUUUGGUCACAUGUUUGGUGGCGGCCAUGGGAGGUCUACUUUUUGGUUAUGAUCUUGGUAUUACAGGAGGAGUGACUUCCAUGGAACCAUUCUUGGUUAAGUUCUUCCCCGGUGUUUACAAACAAAUGAAAGAUGAAUCUGGACACGAGAGCAUGUAUUGCAAAUUUGAUAACGAGCUCCUUACUUUGUUCACAUCUUCCUUGUAUCUUGCAGCUCUAAUAGCUUCUUUCUUUGCUUCCACAACUACAAGGAUGUUAGGACGCAAGGCCUCAAUGUUUACGGGUGGCUUGUUUUUUCUUAUUGGUGCAUUGCUUAAUGGUUUUGCUGUCAAUAUAGAAAUGCUUAUCAUUGGUCGUAUAUUACUCGGCUUUGGUGUAGGAUAUUGUAAUCAGUCAGUUCCAGUGUAUUUGUCUGAAAUGGCUCCAGCAAAGAUUAGAGGUGCACUCAACAUGGGCUUCCAAAUGAUGAUCACUAUUGGAAUCCUAGGGGCAAACAUUAUUAACUACUUUACUUCCAAUCUUGAGAGUGGAUGGAGAAUUUCUUUGGGUGUCGGAGCUGUCCCUGCAAUUUUGUUGUGUAUAGGAUCUUUUUUCUUAGGCGACACACCAAACUCUAUGAUUGAAAGGGGUCAACAAGAAGGAGCUAAGAAAAUGUUGCAAAAGAUUCGUGGCAUUGAUAAUGUCGAUGAGGAGUUUCAAGAUCUAAUUGAUGCUAGCGAGGAAGCCAAAAAGGUGGAACAUCCAUGGAAGAAUAUUACUCAAUUGAGAUACAGACCUCAACUAACAUUUUGCUCUCUCAUUCCGUUCUUUCAACAACUCACAGGCAUCAAUGUUAUCAUGUUUUAUGCCCCUGUCCUUUUCAAAACUUUGGGCUUUGGAAGCGAGGCUUCCCUCAUGUCCGCAGUAAUUAGCGGAGGUGUCAAUGUUCUUGCUACUUUUGUUUCCAUCUUCAUUGUGGACAAGUUUGGAAGAAAGAUUUUGUUUCUUCAAGGUGGUGUCCAAAUGUUUAUUUGUCAGAUUGUUGUUGGAAGCAUGAUUGCUGCUAAGUUUGGAGUUAACGGUGAAGGCUCAAUUAAAGCUUAUGAAGCUAAUCGUCUUCUGUUCUUCAUAUGCGCGUAUGUUGCCGCAUUUGCAUGGUCUUGGGGUCCAUUGGGAUGGUUAGUUCCUAGUGAAAUAUGCUCUCUUGAGGUUCGCUCUGCAGGUCAGGCUACCAAUGUUGCUGUGAACAUGUUGUUCACCUUUGUCAUUGCUCAAGUUUUUCUAACUAUGCUUUGUCACUUGAAGUUUGGACUUUUCUUCUUCUUUGCUGGCUUUGUGCUUAUAAUGACAGUUUUCAUUUUCCUGUUUUUUCCCGAGACAAAUAAUGUCCCAAUUGAAGAAAUGAAUAAAGUGUGGAAGUCUCAUUGGUUUUGGACAAAGUUUGUUUCAGAUGUUGAUGUUGAUCAUGACCAUAAGCUCGUUGCUUGAUUUCAAUAUUAGAAAAAUCUCGGGGCCUAGACAAUAUAUAUAAUAAUUUCAGCUAAUUCUAUCUGAUGUUGUUAUAGUCAUCUUGUAUUUAAGAUUUGUUUAAAAAAAAUAUUUGUAUUAAUUUAGGAAUAGUUUGUAAUAUAUUGUUGCUCUAAUAUAUUAUGCUUAUAAUUUUUGAUAAUGUUGAUUCUUCUCAA